AUGAACACCACUCUCUCUCUCUCAUCGUCUCUUAGUCUUUCUCUCUCUCUCUUUCUCACCGCGAUCCAUUACUCCACCGUUUGUUUGUUGCUUUCUUUCUCUUUCUCUUUCUUUCUCUUUCUCCCCCCCUCUCUAUCUAUCUAUAACAUGCACACACUCUGCCUCUCCUUUCAAAGUUUCUUCGAUUUCUUUUUUUUAAUCAUAUCUUUCUUUCUUCAUUUCUAUCGUAUAAUUCUCCUUACAAUAUCUUUUCUUUCUUUAAUUUUUAGACAUAUAUCUUCCUCUCUUUUUACUUUUUCUUUCUUUCUUUCUUUCUUUCUUUUCUUUUCUUUUUUUUUAUUUAUCUCGGACGUUUCAGCUGUUCUUUCUCUCUUUGUUUUAAUCUAUCUCCCUUUCUGUUUUUCUUCACUCCUCUCUCUCUCUCUCUCUUUCUCUUUCUCUCUCCCUCUCUUUCUCUCUCUAUAUCUCUCUCUCCCUCCCCCUCUCUCUCUGUUAUUUUUUUCUUUCUACUAUUUUCAUCUCAGGCACCAUGCUUUUAUUUCUUUCAUAAUUAUUUCUCUUUUCAUUAUUUUACACUCCCCCCCAUUCUUUUGCCUCUUACUUUCCUUUCUGUUUUCUUUCAUUUUCAUUUUUCACACUUUAACUAAGUGUAUUACAUCGUUUCGUUGUUUCAAGUUUAUAGUCUCUCUCUCUUUCUUUUUACUCGUGAUUCAUUCUUCUAUCUAUCUAUCUAUCUAUCUAUCUAUUUGUUUUUCUUACCCCCCUAUUUAUCCCAAUGAUUUAUUUCUAUCUGUUUCUUUUCUAAACAUUUUUCUUUCUGUCUUUCAUUCUUUCUUUCUUCUCUGUCUUUCUAUAUUUUCUGUUCUUGUUUUUUUUCUUUUUCUUGUCUGUUUCUUUCUUUCCUUUUUAGAUUGUAUUACUUAUCUUUCAUUCUAUUCUGUCUUUCUAUAUUUCCUAUUCUUUUGUUUGUUUGCUUCUUUCUUUCUUUCUUUUCCAUCUUACUUCUUAGCUUCUUUCGCUCUAUCUUAUAUUCUAUAUUCUUUCUUUUUUUCUCUGGAUUUCUAUAUUUGCUGUUUCCUCUUCCUUUUUUCUUUCUUUUUUGCCUCUCUACAUUUGCUAUUGUUUGUUCUUUUUCCUUUCAUUCUUUACGUUUUAUUUCUUCCAUUCUUUCUUACUUUUUCUUUUUUCCUUCGUUCGUUCGUUCGUUCGUUUUUUGUUUCUUUCUUUCUUUCAUUCUUUCUUUCAUUCUUUCUUUCUUUGACUUUCUACGUUUCACAUUUUUGUUCGUUUCUUUGUUGGCUUCUUUCUUUCUUUAUUUUUUUACUUUUAUUGUUUGUUUUUAUUUUCUUUAUAUUGUAUUUCUUAUAUUCUUUUUUCUUUCUUUCUUCUUUGGCUUUCUAUAUUUCAUAUUGUUUGUUUAAUUCUUUCUUUCUUUCUUUCUUUCUUUCUUCCUUUCUUUCUUAUAUGGCUUUUUUACAUACACCUACUUUGUUUCUUUCUUUCUUUAAUUAUAUUCUAUUUAUUACAUUCUUUCUUUCUUAA